AUGGCGCAGUCGCCUCUAACCGGCGUCAUGAUGCCUCCACGCUUCAAUAUCGAGCUGGACCGGACAGAUCCGGAUGUGCCCUUCCGCGCAUCUCAGUCGCACAUUCACCACACAUGGGCGCGGACGUUCCAUUCGCGGCCAGAGCUCUAUGUCCGACCGCAGAGUCUCCAGGAGGUGCAGAAGGUUGUGAAUCUCGCAAGACGCAUGCGAAGACGCGUCGUCACUGUGGGAUGUGGACAUUCACCCUCGGACAUAACGUGCACGUCGGCGUGGAUGAUCAACCUCGACGACUACAAGCAGGUGUUGAGCGUGGACAAGGAGCGCAAGACCAUGACCGUGCAGGCUGGAAUACGCCUUCAUAAUCUCAACUUGCAGGCAAAGAGCCACGGCCUGACAAUGCCCAACCUCGGUUCCAUCGACGACCAGUCGCUCGCCGGAGCGAUUGCGACAGCGACACACGGCAGUUCAUACAGCCACGGCCUUCUCUCCGACCGCGUUCAGAGUCUCCGUAUUGUGUUGGCCAACGGCCAGGCGGUACGAUGCUCGCCCCAGCAAUCCCCAGACCUCUUCCGAGCGGCCCUGGUAUCGUUAGGCGCACUGGGCAUCAUUGUCGAAAUCGAGUUUCAGAUGAUCGAAGCGAACAACGUCGAAUGGGUUCAGACUAUACGGCCGAUUGAAGACGUUUUGGCAGAUUGGAACAACGGGCUUUGGACAUCGAACGAGUUUACAAGAGUGUGGUGGCUGCCCUACAUGAAGCGCGCAGUCGUAUGGCGGGCAGACAAGACAGACAAGGAGCACCGCCAGCCAGAAUAUAACUGGUAUGGCGGCAGCGUCGGUUUCCACACGUAUCACAUUCUCCUCUGGAUAUCGCAGUAUGUCCCGCGCUUCCUGCCUUGGGUAGAGUGGUUCGUCUUCGGCAUGCAAUACGGCUUCAAAGAUGGUGCUGUCAUCUCUGCAGUUGGCGAGCAGCGUACUGAACUCUUGAUGAAUUGCCUUUACUCCCAGUUUGUCAACGAAUGGAGCAUCCCUCUUGACAAGGGCCCCGAGGCUCUGACACGACUGACAAACUGGCUUCACGGCGACGAACAAUCUUCUGGUAUCCCUUUCAGCACAAAAGGCCUCUAUGUCCACUCUCCCAUCGAGGUCCGUAUCGCAAACACCGUCAAUCGUGAACCACGUCCGUUCCUCGAUACUUCAUAUCCUGAUCAACCCGCCCUGUACCUCAACGCUACCCUGUACCGCCCCUACGGUCAAGAUCCACCCUGUCGCGAACGCUACUACCAGGCCUUCGAACACCUGAUGAAGGAGUACAACGGCCGACCCCACUGGGCUAAGAACUUCCAAUCCGUUGACAACGCUUACCUCUCUUCCGUUUACGGUAACGACUUGGACGAAUACAUGCGCGUACGCAAUGAAGUAGACCCCGAAGGCAUGUUCCUUGGUGCCUGGCACCGCCGAACCAUCCUCCCAUCCAAAACCGAUCUUCCCCUUUUGCCCCUCGAGGAAAAGGAAGUCAUACGCCGCGACAGACGCACUGGUGGUGUAGACUGGAUCGGAGAGCAAGGCCGGUUCGAUGGCGGUCUUGAUGUGUUUGAGAAGGCGGGUAGUGAAAGUGAGUCUGGAGAGAGUUUUGAUUACAUGGCAGGCGCAGAGGCGGAGAGUAGUGUGCUUUUGGAGGGGUUGAGUGAUGAGCUUGUUGUUACCGAGGAAAGUUAUGAGAGCCAUACCGAGUCGAGGCGAAGAGAGGGAACUGAGGAGUACAUUACGGGGACGAACGUCUUCAACAAGAUGUAA